AUGGACAUGUCCAAGUUAACGGAGGGCGUUGCCGCCGCUGCGAGCAGUGUCAACAAGGCGGUGACCGAGGCUGCCGAGACGGCCACCACUUCCGCUGCCGACACGGCGUCGCGCACCACUGCCACCGCGAAGAAAGCGGUCGCUUCGGCGACGGAAGCGGCAACCGCCGCCGCCGACACCGCAAAGAGUGAAGCUACGGCCGCCGUUGAGACCGCGAAGAGCGAAGCUACUGCCGCCGCUGACACCGCGACGAGCGAAGCAACCGCCGCCGCUGACGCUGCGAAGAGCGAAGCUACCGCCGCCGUUGGGACCGCGACGAGCAAAGCUACUGCUGCCGCUGACGUCGUGACGAGCAAAGCCGCCGCCACCGCUGACACCGCGACGAGCAAAGCCACAGCCGCCGUUGAGACCGCGACGAGCGAAGUAACCGCCGCCGCUGACGCUGCGAAGAGCGAAGCUACUGUCGGAGCCACCGCCGCCGUUGAGACCGCGGCGGGCGAAGCUACGGCCGCCGCCGAUACCGCGACGAGCGAAGCCACCGCCACCGCUGACGCCGCGACGAGCGAAGCCGCCGCCACCGCUGACGCCGCGACGAGCGAAGCCGCCGCCACCGCUGACGCCGCGACGAGCGAAGCCACCGCCGCCGUUGAAACCGCGACGAGCGAAGCUACCGCCGCCGUAUCCACGGCGGAGAGCGACGCCGCGGCAGCCGCGACGGAGGCCACCGCCGCCGCCUCGACCGCGGCCGCCGACGCCACGGCAGCCGCAACCGACGCCACCGCCGCGGUCUCCACCGCUGCCGCCGGCGCCAACCCCCUCGCGGGCAUCGUGUCGCAGGCCCAGGGGCUCGUGGACGUAACGGAGGCCACUCUCGGGUCCGGCAUGGCGACCGCGGAGGGAGCGUUGGGGAACAUCAAGACCUCGCUCGGCGCUGUCACGUCGCAGGUCGACACGGCCCUCAGCUCCGUUAGCUCCAAGAUUGCCGCUCCCGCUGCCGCUGCCGAGGGCGCCGCCCACGCCUCGGCGUCGGAGACGGCGCCCCCCGCUGAGGGAGGAGGGAUGGGAGGCUUCUUGUCCGGCAUCAUGUCAACCGUCCAGGACGCGGUUAAGAAAGGGGAAAGCGCGGCGUCUUCUGCGACCACCCAGGCGGAGGGCGCGCUGGCCGCGACACAGUCGGGCGUCACGGCUGCCGAGGGGAAGAUCGACGAGGUCAUGGCCAAGAUCCCCAGCGGGGGCGGGGAGGCGGGGGGCGCCGGCGGCGCCGGCGAGGACGGCACGCGCGCCCUGCCCGGGGGCGAUGCGACCGCUACCGCUGCCGCUGACCCGUACGCCCAGGACCCGGAGGACAAGAAGAUGUUCGGGACGUGCAAGGUGCCCAAGGUACCGGACUCUUGCGCGAUCUGCUGA